AUGGCCCGCCAAGCACAUGCAUACCACAUAGUCGACCCAAGCCCCUGACCUCUAACUGGGGCAACCGCCGCCCUCCUACUUACAUCAGGCCUCGCAGUAUGAUUCCAUUAUCACUCUACCACCCUCAUAACACUAGGUCUAAUCCUUAUACUCCUCACCAUAUACCAAUGAUGACGAGACAUUGUCCGAGAAGGCACCUACAUAGGGCACCACACACCACCAGUACAAAAAGGCCUUCGAUAUGGCAUAAUCCCUUUCAUUACAUCAGAAGUCUUCUUUUUCCUAGGCUUCUUCUGAGCCUUCUUCCACUCAAGCCUCGCCCCAACCCCUGAGCUCGGAGGUUGCUGACCACCAACAGGCAUCACCCCCCUAGACCCCUUUGAAGUCCCACUACUCAACACAGCAGUCCUCCUCGCCUCAGGUGUAACAGUAACCUGAGCCCACCACAGUCUAAUAGAAGGACAACGGAAAGAAGCAAUUCAGUCCCUAGCCCUAACAAUUCUACUAGGCUGCUACUUCACAACUUUACAAGCUAUAGAAUACUACGAAGCCCCAUUCACCAUUGCCGAUGGAGUCUACGGCUCUACCUUCUUCGUUGCGACAGGCUUUCACGGCCUACACGUCAUUAUUGGCACAUCAUUCCUAGCGGGAAUCUGCCUCCUACGACAAAUCAAAUACCAUUUCACAUCUCAACAUCACUUUGGCUUCGAAGCCGCAGCAUGAUACUGACAUUUCGUUGACGUAGUAUGACUAUUCCUCUACGUCUCAAUCUACUGAUGAGGAUCAUAA